AUGACUCUUAAAGAAGAACUACAGACGCGAAAUUUCAGUAUCUAUGGCCAAUGGAUUGCCAUUAUCAAUAUUAUCUUGUGCAUUGCGCUGGGGAUUGCCAAUAUUUUCCAUGUCAACUGGGUCAUUGCCUUUUCAAUUGUGGCCAUAGUUCAAGGUCUUGUGGUCAUAUUUGUGGAAAUUCCUUUCCUUUUAAAGAUUUGUCCCCUGACAGAUCGAUUCAUCAAUUUUAUAAAAGGCUUUAACCAAAACUUGCCUCGAGCUGGUUUCUACCUUUUAAUGGCAGCUAUUCAGUAUGUGUCGUGUGCUGCUAUGGUCACAUCGUUACUGGCGAUUGCAAUCAUGUUUACGUUGGCGAGUUUAUGUUACGGUUUGGCAGCAAUUAAGGGCCAAGAGUUUAUGACUAGUUCGACUUUGGGAGGUGCCGGUAUUGCUCGUCAAAUCUUGUAA